AUGGUGAUCGACCACAUGUCUCUACAUGUCCCCGAGGAUAAAUUCAGAGAAUGUCUGGACUUCUACCUCGCAGCACUGAAGCCACUCGGAUAUACCAUCUGGCACCAAUUCGGUGAAACCGUCGUCGGUCUAGGAGCACCGCGUGAGGAUCUAAAAGAUCACAAGCGUCCCGACUUGUGGCUCUGUGGAAUCAAGACACCAAAUGAAUAUCCAUCCCAUAUCGCUUUUGCUUCAAGUGAUCGGGCGACUGUCGAUGCCUUUUACGCUGAAGGUAUUAAGGCCGGGGCUGAGGACAAUGGUGCACCUGGAUUGCGAGAGGCGUACCAUUCCAACUAUUAUGGCGCAUUCCUACUGGAUCCAGUUGGCAAUAAUAUCGAGGCUGUUCACCAUGGCACUGUUUAA